GGGUGCGGACGACGGAGAACGGUGUAUGACAACCACACCAGCUCUGUUCAACCCAUAGCAAAAAUAAAACUGAUGUGGAAAUGCCGUUCUUUGGCGUUGACGACAUUCUUUUUCUUCUUGCGUCAACGACGGCUCUCUUGUGGGCGAAGCGAGCAGACAUCGUUGAAGGCGGUGUUUACGCCACUGUCCACCUCAUCACGAGCGAUGCGAAAGAGGCCGCGCGACGAGCAUCGAGGGCCGCAGACGCCCAUGGUGGUACCCCCACGCUUUUGCUAAAAGGCUUCGAUUUGCAGGCCGAGGAGCGUCGACUGCUGUCGCUGCAAGACUGCUCCGGCGCGUCUCCGCGGGGGUUUGGCCCCUCUUCCACCUCCCGUAGUUCCCCUCCAACGUACCGUGACCGCCCGCGCGUGGAGGAACUCGCCCAUCCCGGCGACGGAGAGGAUGAGUCGAUGCUGAUAAAGGAGAGCGUGCACGCGCAGUUUCGUGAGACCCCGCUUGUGUACCAGGUGCCGCAGGUGCCGCAUCGCCACUACAACCCCCGCAAGCGUCAGCGUCACGUUUCCUGGCUGGCCACCGCCUCCGAAGAGGAUGUGAAGGAGUGUAUCGCGCGCUACACCGUGCCGGAGGUGCAGACACUUUUUUCUAAGAUGGAGCGCGAGGGUCUAUGGGAGUCCGUUAUCCACGUCAGCUACGGCAUUGAGCAAGCACAGGAGGAGCUGCGCUAUUUGAAUCAGCACAACAUCGAAUGCGCCAUUCGAACGCUGCUAAACACCGCCCACUCGGACGCGGCGUUGGUGUAUUACUUUCGUUUUGGCGAGGAUGUGUUGUUGUCCGAUGAGAUUUUAGUCGCGCUGUUUCACACCUGCCGACACGACGAGCAGCUGAGCUUAGAACUGUGCCAAGUGAUGGAACCGUUUAAGUCACGGUGGACGCCGACGGUGUACGCGUGCUGCCUCACCACGACCGCACGCUACGACUACACCAAGGCAAUUGAGCUGUACGACGCCUACAUGGCUGUGCAGCGCAGCCGCCAGCACGGCGCUCAAGGAGCAUUUCACCGUGUCUUGGCCGCCUCGUCGCUGCUGCGGGAGACGGGCAUGGUGACCCCUGAGACGCCGAGUCGUCUUCACUACUUGUACCACAUCAUCAUCCCCCUCGUGGUCGCGCACGACUCGGCAAGCGCGGAGAAGUACGUGGACGACAUGUUCGAGAACGACGCAGAGUCAGCCCCGGAUGUGUUUCUAAAGUGCCUGGGCUUUGCACAAGGUCGUGAGCUGGUUCGAACGCAUUUGAAGGAGCUACAGGCGAGCUCAAAGAAUGGGAGCACGAAUCUAGCGUUGCCGAAGAGCGAUGAGGUUGGUGACGUGGCAGUGUAUCUGUAUCGUCUGCGGCCUUCCGCGAUGAACAUGAACACGCUGCUGAAGCUUCUCACGGAGUAUUCAUUGACGCCGACGGCAGCAACGGUGACAAACGAGCAGCCGAAGCCGACUCUUCUCUCCACGGACAGGCUUACCAACUCGCUCCAGUCGCUGCCCUUUCCAGCGAAAACGCGUGUGCGUUCGUGCCCGUCAAUGGAUGCGCUGUGCAACGGCACGUCGACCGAGUUGGGGCAGCUUCUACAGAAGGUGCCGUUGCAAACGGAAUGGGACGCGAGCGUGCUGGCGCGCACCAUCACCGAGAAUCACGCCUCGUGGCUCUUAGCGGUUCAGUUCCUCUCCAUCAUGCUGCGACGCAAGUGCUUCUCCGUGGUCCCCGGCAUUGCCACCCACGUCGCGCGCCAAGGGCAGUGGUCGACGGCGGCCAAGUCCAUGGCUAUCUAUCUCAGCAAUCAACGGGCGGCCAUGACCACCGCCGAGGCGACGCUGUGCGUUGAGGCGAACAUCCACGCGGGGCAGUGGGCGAGUGCGCUCUUCUGGGUGGAGCGUGCCCACACCGCCGGCCUGGCACUCGCCCCUUCCACCUACGACCUCGUCCUUGCGGCGAGUCGGCAUUGCAAGUUCGAGGCGGCGGAGCGAGUGCUGGUCACCAUGCACGACGUCGGCGCCUCCUGCUCGGAGCGGGGUGUGCGCGAUUUCAUUGAAACCGCCGCGCACCAGGGGAUGGUGUCCAAGGCGUUUCACGUGCUUCAGCAGCACAGCAGCAUUCAAUGGACUCCAUAG